AUGCUUAGCAUCUUCCCCCUCACGUUAUUUUGUGUCACCCUGAGUAACGUACCCCUAGCACACACCAAAGUCUACGCACCCAUUCCUUCCUACAUCACACACAAUAGCAACAACGCCAAGUAUGCUGUAGCGGGGAGGAAAAAAGGAUUGCGGGACAGGAGGAAAAUAGGAACGCGGGCCAAGAGGAAACCUAUAAUUUUUCAAGAUGUCGUCACCCAGAAAGACAUUUCCACGAUUAACUUGAUCGUGUUGGCUCUGAUGGAGUUCCAAAAACAACACAACAGCAUGGUCGUCCCGGAGAACUACGUCCUAAAAUCGCAGGAGAAUGCAGACUUAAAGAACUUCAGGCUGUGGAAGAAGCUGCAGGACAUUAAAAAUGAGAAGAGCGAAAAGAAGAAAAAGUACAUCUACUUCGUUCUCAAGAAGAUGAACUUUCCUCUGGACACCAUAUUUAGCCCAGCCGAAAUGCAGGACUUCGAAAAGGACGACGCAGAAAUAACAACAAUGUCGAAUUUGUCUACGGAGGAGAACAUCCACUACGACUUUGACGAGAGGCAGGAAGUCCGGAAGGAGCUCUUCUCUCAGUAUAUUAGAAAGCCAAAGGACAAAGGAGGAGAAGACGUGAAGGACUUCCUCGCGUCGUACAAGUUCAUUCCCAAAAUAGAUGAACAGAACGUCCUCCCUAGUUACUCAAACAAAGCCACAAGGAAAAAGGGCAUACUGAAACAGGUUCUAGAAAACCUAAAACAGGACCAGAUAUUCAAAUCCAACUACGACUACUACUACGACAACAUAUACAACAACCUGAACGAUAAGGACGUGGAUGACUACAUCUCCUUUGUUAUGAAAUAUAAGAGGACCCACGGGGCCGAGUAUGACUUUUUUGUCAACGGGAGCCGACCUUCCCUUUCGAACGAGCUGAACCCGAAAGAAAAAAAAUUCCUGCUGUACACACGGAAGGAGACGGAAGGAGCCCACGCAUAUGACUUCGACAAAUGGUCCUUCGCCGACUUCGUAGAAGCCCUCGUCUACUUCAACGAUUUGUACCUAGAUCUGAACAGGGAAAAGUAUGACAAGUUCAAGACCGAUCAAGGAGAGGAGAAGAAGUUGGACUUCGUCGAUUUUAACCUUCUGGAUCCGUCCUUCGUCGUUCCGAGUGAUGACACGUGGCCGAGUGAGUGGCACGAAAUGCCCCUGGGUAUGUAUAUAAACCAGGUCAGAAUGGGAGACAUCGACGGGAAGUUCCAUUUCAUUAGGAGAAAAGUUUUAGACUACCUACUCUUCGAUUUUAAGUCAGAGGAGUUUGAAAACAAGUAUAUCCACUUCACGUGGAGGAAGCUGUUCCUUGGGUUGGGCUGGUACAUCCACACGAGGGGACACCCCAUAGUUGUCACCCCCUUGGAUAGGAUCCAGUUCGACACGUUUUCCAUGGACUUUUGCAAACCGGAGGAGAUUCAAGGACUGCGCCUGGGAUUCCUAAUCAUUCAAGCUCAAGCUCAUGAGAAGAUAUUCUGGAAUAACUACCCAGAUAGAUUCGACUUCAUGAAGGAUAGCAAGAUAGCCGAGAGAUUCCCCCCAACGGACACAUCAAUCCCUGCACCAAUUGUUGCGUCAAUCGUUGCGCCAAUCGUUGCACCAACGUUGUGUGAAAAAAUGAAAAACCUUAACAUCAUAACAAACAAAAUUGUGGAGGAGCGGGUGAAGGAAUAUUGCAGGAAAAUUGAAGAACAGAAACUGAAAAAUGUAAAACCUACCAUUCAGUUCGACAGGACAAAACGGAGCCUGAACAACAGGAAGAAACUCUACCACGCGAAAAUGAGAAAUGAGGAAAUAGAGAGAAACAAUAAAAUUUUGAAACAAAAACUGGAGGGCAUCACCAGACGAGACAAGCGAGCAGCAGAACAGUCGAAGCAAACUGCCAUCCAGUUGGAAGUCAAUUUAAACAGGAAGAACUUUCUCUUCGACAAUAUUAAAAAAGCUAAAAUAAAAAAGGAGAAAAAAAACAACCACGUUAAUGUUCCUGCGUCAGUGGUUAUGAAACCCAAAGUUAAAGUCCUGUAUAAAGGCUACAUCGACGACAGCCAGAAGAGCUGCAAGUUCUACACAGAACUGAAAGUCGACGAAGAAGCCAACCUAACCGUUAUCGCUUUAAAUUUAAAAAAUAAAAAAUUAAAAAAGUUUUCCUGCAAUAAGGAGAGGCACCACGAGUUGCUCAGCAACCUUGGUACCUACGAAGAAAUCGCCAAGAACGUGACCCACCAGGAGGAGGAAAGCGCCGACAGAGAAAAGAAACGCACCCCAAAUGGAAAGUCAAGUGGACAACCAAGUGGAAAUGAAAAAAACGUUGCAGAGAAACCCAUGCGAAUCAAGCACCGAGUAAUGAUGGAAAAAGUCGAGAAGACAUGUGACUUCUACUUAAAAAAAUAUUUCAACGAGGAAGUGCACGAAAAGGGUGCAGACACAACAGGAAGUACAAUGAAUGAACAGGCAGAUGCAAACAUAAGCACAAGUAAGAACGUCUUAAAUUUAAGAAGAAAAAAAAAUUCCUUUCUGUUGAUUAAGAACGAUCUGUUGUAUAAGUCUAAAAUUAACGAAGCCCAAGCUGCGCUCAUUUUCAAGAAGAUCAAGGAGAAGCUUAAAAAGAACAACAGCAACGUGGGUGCCGUCCUGGGUGGAGCCCGUGCAGGUAACUACUCCAACCAGGAAACCACCUCCAAGACUGCUACUGUUAAGCAGAGCGACGCCACCAACGGGGAACCCACCAACGGUGCACCCCCCGAUGAUACGAAGGAACACUCCGUGGAAAUGUCCGAAAGUGGAAAACAACAGGGAGAGGAGGAUGCAAUAGAAGUGACCACAGAAGAAGCAACCAACAAUGCAACAGAGGUGAUCACAGAAGAAGCAACCAACAAUGCAACAGAGGUGAUCACAGAAGAAGCAACCAACAAUGCAACAGAGGUGACCACCGAAGAGACAACCCCAAACGCCGCAGAGGUAACGACCGAACAGGGACAGGAUGAUAAACCCCCUCUGGAAAGCAGCUACACGAAGGACUUAAAAAAAUGGAGAGUCACGCUGGACGAGGACAUGCGUGGUGAAGUGGAGGAGGUGGUGGAAAAAUACAGAGGGGUGCAAGCAGGGCAGGAAGUAGAACCGGUACAGGAAAUAGAACCGGUGCAGGAAAUAGAACCAGUACAGGAAGAAGCAAACGAUGUGCAGGAGGUAGACGCGGUGCAGGAAGUGGAAGACGAGCAGGACGGAGCAGAGGACAUGAAAGAAAAUGUGGAAGACACACAGGAAGGAGUAGAAAGUGUGCCAAGAGAAGUGGAAGCUGACCAGGAAGAAGCAGAAGAUGUGCAGGAAGAAGUAGAAGGUGCGCUGGAGGAAACAGCACUCGUAGAGGAAGAAACAGUACCUGUAGAGGAAGAAGUACUACCUGUGGAGGAAGAAAUUCCCACGGGUGAAGAAGCACCUGUAGAGGAAGAAACACCUUUAGAGGAAACAGUACCUAUGGAGGAAACAGUACCUGUGGAGGAAACAGUACCUGUGGAGGGAGAAACACCUUUAGAGGAAACUGUACCUGUGGAAGAAGAAGUACCUACGGGUGAAAAUGCCCCUGUGGAAGAAGCUAAAUCUGAAAUUGUCGAGUGCAGUGGCGCUUUAGAGUGCGCUGAUGGUGAGGAUGCGAAGGAAGGGAACCAAGCCGAGGAGAGCACACCUGCGGACGCCUCGGAGGAGGUCGAAGCAGAUCCCCCUAGUGAACAACACGAUGGUGGCACAGGCGCUUCGAACGAAAACUGUGCAGAGGAGUGA